AUGGUCACCCUCAUUCAAACUUUCCUUACUCUACUACUCGUUGUUGUUGCGACCGCUAAAAACCAAACAAUGUGCGAUCCUGGUGACCUCAGUACACCAGAGUCUAGUCUGGUUACUCAAGUUAACAUUGUUCGUAAGAAUAACGGAUUGCCGGCUUUGUGCUCAAACAAAAAGCUACAGGCUGCAGCUAAGCGGCACGUUGAGGACCAGUCCAAAUCGGAUUAUAUGUCUAACACUGGUACGGACGACUCGACUCCGGAGCAGCGUGUUACCGAUGCCAAGUACAAGUGGCAAACUGUGGCUGAAAAUAUUGAUUCAGGCAACGCUAAUGCAAUUGCCGUGGUAGACUGGUGGAUGAAGGGACCAAGUCGCGAUAUCAUUCUUGGCCAAUACACUAUGGUGGGUACGGCGUACAAGUAUAACGAAAACACCUACAGCAAGCAUUUCUGGGUCCAGGUGUAUGCCACGGGUACAUCGGAACAGUGCGAUUUGGAAUAG